AUGUCAGCAGAGCUCCUGGCUAAACAGCGCCGGCGGAGAGACAAGCCGCAGCUAUCCUGCAAUCCCUGUCGCAAGCGAAAAGUACGAUGUGAUCGGAGCAUACCCUGUCAGACAUGCGUGAGCCGCGGAGAACACGACAUCUGCGUCUAUGGGCCUCAUCCUCCUGCUGUUUCCCGAAUACAUCAAUCCGACCAUGACUACAAGCACCCUCGUCGUGAUCGUUUAGUCAUCCAUGAAGACGUCGUCCCCAUACCAGAUCCGCAUUUAAAUGAAGUCUCUGCAGAACAGAACCCAGCGAUAGCCGGUGCGGCAGAUUUGGUUGGCGGCGAGAAUUGGCCAGAUAUCGAGAAUAUAUCUGCUGGCAUCGGUUCCCCAAAGGCGCAAGUUGACCGGUUGGUCUCCAAGUACUUCAACUCGUUGGAUCUGGCAGUAUGGGUCAGUCACCCGCCAACGUUUCAAGACCAAUAUGACCGAUUUUGGGAAGACCAAACCUCAGCAAUGCCGAACUGGCUCAGCAUCCUGUUUAGUAUCAUGUGCCUGGCCACCGAUCUUAUGCUGCACUCCGGCCAGCCGCUACCUUUGACGGACUCGACGGGGCAACAAUCGGUGAUUACCUUUCGAAAGUGUAGUGCGCAAUGUCUGUUGUUGAGUAAUUAUACCAGACCUACCACCCAUACAGUCGAUGCGUUGCUGUUGUAUUUCUACACUGAACUCCUACACUUGCACGACACAGACUUUGGGCUGCACCUUGUCCUCACAAUGAUGAUCCGAGUGGCGAUGAAAAUGAACUAUCACCGCGAUUCAUCUCACGGUCCAGAAAUCUCCAUCUUUACCGGCGAGAUGCGACGGCGAGUGUGGGCUCUCUUGGUUCAGCUCGACAUCCUCGUGUCUCUUCAGGUUGGCCUCCCGCGGAUCAUCGACGAGCGAGAUUGCGACACAAAGGCUCCGCGCAACAUCCCCGCCGAGGAGUUGCAUCCCGAUAUGACUACAUUGCCUGCUUCCCGAUCAGAAUCGGGCAGCGCACCUGGAUCAUAUAUGCGGGCGAGAUCCAGCUUGAUCUCCGUGCUAGGACAAAUCCACGACCAGCUCACAUCCGUUCAUCCUCUAGAUUACAAGACCGUCGUUCAGCUCGAUGAGAUGCUGAACGCGCAACACAAGGCACUGCCCCAGGGCCUUCAAGUACACAAGUCCCCUCGGGUGACGGACUCUUCGGCGGCUGUAAUGAGAAGCCUAUCAUUGGACCUCUUGUUUCAAAAGUCCCGAUGCGUCCUGCAUCAGCGGUACAUGACGCCUCAAAAUCGACUGUCGUUGGAGACAUGUAUCGACGCCGCCCCGGCGAUUAUUCGUCAUCAGUCAUAUGUAUAUCGCGAAACCCAGUCCGGGGUACUCCUGAGCGGUCAUCUGUGGAAAAUCACGUAUCUAGCCACAUACGACUUUCUUCUCGGCAGCAUGCUUCUGUGUUUCGGACUGCAAGCAGGAGUCAAUGUGACAGGUGAUAGGUCGUAUGACGGGCGCCAGGAGGCCAUGCGAAGCGCGCUGCAGGAGUCAUACAGUAUAUGGACGGCAUGGUAUGGCGAAUUGAAGGGGUCGGAGCAAGUACUCGAGACUGUCAAGCGUAUGCUGGACCGUGUCAAGGGCGGCGACAAGUCAUCACCCGGGGAUGAUAUUCAGAAUCAUAGCCUGACGACUGCAUCCGGCUCUGAGUUGUUGGGCCUGGGAACAGCGCCGGGUGAUGUAUAUUUUCCUUUCACAUCAGCUCCCGAAGCAUCACAGACCGCAGGACUGCAGCCUCCAGCUUAUUCGCUACAUGAUAGCCCAGAGGACAGACUGCCCGCUUCUCCUGCUGGCCCCAUCGAUCCCAUGGAUGGCUUUGAUUGGGCUGCAUGGGACAAUCAUCUACAAGAGAACGGGGUUUACUCGCAGCUCUCGGCGAGAGAUAUGGUCUUUUAA